AUGAACGAAUCUGGAACCCAGCCGUCCGAGGCAAUGGGCUCUGCCCGCUCGCAGGGCAUUGUCGAGGGUGACGGCGGAGGAGUGUACACUCUCAGGAGUCGCGAGGCUUCGGCGUUUGGAGUAGCUGCUGUCCGCCCUGUGGACAAGACAAAGGAGUCCAUCAAAGACAUUGAGGUUGACUCCGAGACCGGCAGCGUGGAUUCCCGAGAUAUCAAAAGAAGACAGGUUUUCCACGGAUGGAAACUUCUAUGGCUGGCCUAUCAGUCCGUUGGAGUCAUCUACGGCGACAUCGGUACCAGUCCGUUGUAUGUGUACUCGUCGACCUUCUCGUCUCCCCCAAGCCGCGAGGACUUGAUUGGCGCAUGCUCUUGGAUUAUCUGGGCCCUCACGAUCAUGGUCACCAUCAAGUACUGCUUUAUCGUCCUUCGAGCCGACGACGAAGGAGAGGGUGGCACCUUUGCCCUGUUCUCCCUGUUAACUCGAUACGCCAACAUUGUCCGCCGCCAUCCUCGUGAAGCACAAAUGAUCAGGAUGGAGCGACACAUCACUGGAGACCUUCGCAAGCCAGCACGCACGGCGCGCAACCUCAUGGAGCGUUCCUCCACCGUCCAAUGGGUCCUCAAAGUGCUGGGCGUUUUCGGUGUUGCCCUCGUCAUGUCGGACGGAGUGCUCACGCCGGCACAAUCUGUCCUCGGCGCGAUCCAGGGAAUCGAAGUCGUGUCUCCAGAUAUCAGCAAGGCCACUGUGAUUGGAUCUUCGUGCGCCAUCCUCAUCGUCCUCUUCCUACUACAGCCUUUUGGAAUAACCAAGCUCGCAACCACCUUUGCUCCUAUCGUCAUAGUUUGGCUUAGCUUCAACGCGGUCUUUGGGAUUUACAACCUGGCCAAACACGACGCCUCUGUCCUCAAGGCCUUCUCCCCCUAUUUUGCUGGGCACUACCUCGUCAGGAACGGAAGAGAAGGCUGGAUCAACCUAGGGGGAAUCCUCCUCGCCUUCACUGGAUGCGAGACUCUCUACGCCGACCUGGGAGCUUUCAGCGCACCCGCCGUACGGCUGUCUUGGCUAUACUUUGCAUACCCUUGUCUCCUAUUGAGCUAUAUCGGACAAGCAGCCUAUCUGGCCGAUCUCCCCGACGCAUACAACAAUCCAUUCUUCAAAACCGUGCCUCCGGGCUGCAUCUGGCCGUCGUUGAUCAUUGCUAUCCUUGCCGCGAUUGUUGCAAGCCAGGCCACGAUCACUGCGACGUUUCAACUGUUGACUCAGAUCAUGAAACUCUCCUACUUCCCCCAGCUCAAGGUGGUCCACGUGUCGAGGAUUUUCCACGGGCAAAUCUACAUGCCCAUCGCGAACUGGCUGCUGAUGAUCGGAACCGUCAUCAUCACCGGUGUCUACACAAACACCACCAAUCUGGGCCACGCCUACGGGGUCUGCGUCAUUCUGGUCACGUUCCUGACCACCAACAUGGUGGCCGUGGUGGCUUUGAUCGUCUGGCGCUAUCCGCUGUACGUCGUGGCGCCCGUGUGGCUCGUAUUCGCGCUCUGGGAUGGCCUUUUCCUUUCUUCGGCUCUCACCAAAGUCCCCAGCGGCGCGUGGUUCACUUUGGCCCUCUCCGUGGUGCUGGUUUGCUUUUUCGUUCUUUGGAGGUUUGGAAAGGAGGAACAGUGGAAAGCGGAGGGAUUUGAACGGGUGCCCACGUCCGACAUCUUCAGACCCACCGAGAGCACGAGUGAAUACAGCCGCAAACUGCGACUCAGUCCCGCCUUUGGCGACGAGGAGAUCACCCGCAUCAACGGCAUCGGCGUCUUCUUCGACAAGUCCGGGGCGCAGUCGACGACCCCGACGGCGUUUAUCCACUUCCUGCAGAAGUUCCACGCGGCGCCGGACGUCAUCAUCUUUUUCCACCUGAGACCCCUGGAGAUCCCGACGCUGCCGGCCGAAGAACGCUUCCAGAUCAACCGGUGCUUCAUGGCCAAUGGGGCCGGCGACGGCAAGAAGCCCAUGCCGAACUGCUACCGCGUCAUCAUCCGCCACGGGUACAACGACGAGGUGGUCAGCCAGAAUCUGGGCCUGCUGCUGCACGACCAAGUCCGCGAUUUCCUGGCUCGUGAGGGAGGAUUCGAGACUUCGCAUGCCGGCCAUCAUCAUCGACGCGGCAUGAACGGGGACGGGAACGGCGGCGACACGAAGCAGGUCGUGCUGGGCGAGAAGGCCCUGAGCCCCGAACAUGCCGCCUCGCUCGAGCAGUCGGAGCUCCAGCACGCGUUCGCCAAGCAGGUCGUCUACAUCGUGGGCAAGGAGCAGCUGCGCGUCAAGUCUCGCACCAACAUCGUCAGGCGAGCCGUGCUGGAAGCGUUCCUGUGGGUCCGGGAGAACACGCGCACAAAGGUCCAGGCCCUGAAUAUCCCCGUGGACAAGCUCGUCGAAGUCGGCUUCAUCAAGGAGCUUUGA